AGAGCGCACCACAAGUCCAACCUCUCCACGCUCCGAAGCGCGAAGGGGAAAUGCUGUAAUUCUCACAGUUUAACUGACAACACUUCUCUUCCCUCGUCAGCUUCAUCUUUCGCGCACCGGAGGCUUCGCCAAGCGUGGAUGUAUCGAUGAAUUUCACCGGGACACUGACAUGCGUCCUCCUGCUGCUUCUCCUCGCGGCGCAAGGCUGCCUUUCAUCUAAAGCAGAGGACAGAUUAUUUCGCAGGUUGUUCCGCAGGUACAACCAGUUCAUCCGACCAGUGGAGAAUGUAUCUGAUCCAGUUACAGUGGAGUUUGAGGUCUCCAUAUCUCAGCUGGUAAAAGUGGAUGAGGUGAAUCAGAUUAUGGAAACCAAUCUGUGGCUGAGACAUGUGUGGAACGACUACAAGCUGAAAUGGGCUCCUGUUGAAUAUGAUGGAAUUGAGUUUAUAAGAGUUCCCUCCAAUAAAAUUUGGAGACCAGACAUUGUUUUGUACAACAAUGCUGUGGGUGAUUUCCUUGUGGAAGACAAAACCAAGGCUCUGCUGAAGUUUGAUGGCACCAUCACCUGGGUUCCUCCAGCUAUCUUCAAAUCCUCUUGCCCCAUGGACAUCACCUACUUCCCCUUUGACUACCAGAACUGCUCCAUGAAGUUUGGCUCCUGGACUUACGACAAAGCCAAGAUCGACCUGGUGCUCAUUGGCUCAAAGGUCAACCUGAAAGACUUCUGGGAAAGUGGAGAGUGGGAGAUCAUAGAUGCGCCAGGAUACAAGCAUGAUAUCAAGUAUAACUGCUGUGAGGAGAUCUACCCAGACAUCACCUACUCCUUCUACAUCCGCCGCUUGCCACUCUUCUACACCAUCAACCUGAUCAUUCCCUGCCUGCUCAUCUCCUUCCUCACAGUGCUGGUCUUUUACCUUCCAUCUGACUGUGGCGAGAAGGUGACCCUGUGUAUCUCUGUCCUCCUCUCGCUCACUGUAUUCCUACUGGUCAUCACUGAGACCAUCCCCUCAACAUCACUUGUCAUCCCUCUGAUCGGCGAGUACCUCCUCUUCACCAUGAUUUUUGUCACGCUCAGCAUUGUGAUCACUGUCUUUGUGCUGAACGUCCACUACCGCACCCCCAUGACUCACACAAUGCCAGAGUGGGUGAGAUCAGUGUUCCUUGGGGUGCUGCCCAGGGUGAUGCUGAUGAGGCGGCCAAUCGACCAAGGCUGCUCCUCUCCUGCUAUCACUGCUGGAACAGGAGGAGGAGAAGGACGAGAAGGGAGCAGUGGAGGAAAGAAGAUAAGGAAAAACAGCAUACUAGGUGGAAGUAGCUCAGGAAGUGUUAGUAUUGGAGGUUUAACUGGGGGUGUGAGCUGUCCAUCGCUGGAUGGUGGUGCAGGGGGAGGAGAGUCCAACUCAGCUGGUGGUUCCAUGAACUGUGUGGAGUACGGCAAGAUGAACCACAACAUGAAAAGAAAUAUAAACAGGAGGUGCCCUUAUAGAGGCAAGGAGGUGCCGACUCCUGUCCCUCCUUCAAUGGUCCCCCCUCCUCCCCCCCCACCUCCUCCUCCUCCUCCUCCUCCUCUCCCUCCUCAGGGAUCUCAAACCCAGGGGCCCCAGGAAUCAGAGCUGCCCAAACUACCCAGGACCAAGAAUGUCUCGUCACCUGUCAAUGCAGUUGUGGCCUUCUCCGUGGUGUCGCCAGAGAUUAAGCAGGCCAUCGAGAGUGUGAAGUACAUCGCUGAGAAUAUGAGAACACGCAACAAAGCCAAAGAGGUGGAGGACGACUGGAAGUAUGUUGCCAUGGUCAUUGAUAGGAUCUUCCUGUGGGUUUUUGUGACAGUGUGUGUGCUGGGAACUGUCGGACUCUUCCUCCAGCCACUCAUCAGCUUCCUAAAAUGAGAUACUUUGUCUUUGUUCUGUCUCUUUCUCUCUUCUUCUUGUCUACUUGUGUCUGUCUCUGUAACACACUUCCACUAGUGUGCGAUUUAUCUACCCUGCAGCUCUUUCACAUCAAACCCUGGGCUGUCUUCUUUCUCCAUUUCUAUUUUUUGUCUCCCCUCCAUCUGUCCUCUUCUCCGGGACUACAUUGUCCACCAUAAUAUUUAGCCCUCAGAUGUCUGUUUUGACUUACCCGCAUUUCCCCUAUCCGUCCCCUUUCUUGUCCCUUCAAUGUGCAUGGAAUUCUGUCAUACACUCGUUGGCUUUUAUUUCAAUCUUUAGUAGAAGUGAUUUUCACAUCUGCUCUCCUCUCUUUCUUCUUCCAUUUUUCACCUCUCAGCAGCUUUUCAGUUUACAGUCAUCUCCAAAAAAUCACAUCCUUAAUUUGAACAGAUAUUUAGUCUGUUUUGUUUUGUUUAAGAAUCUGUUUUAUUUGUUUUAUUGCCAAGGAGGUAUUGGCAUAGAAAGAAUUUUCUUUGGGGCAAUAUCACAAAAAAUAUGACUUAUGUCACUUAAAUCAGAAACAAUCAUCUAGCAGAUUUUUGAGACAAUUUAGUAGCAAUUUUCUCAAACUUUUAUGUCUUCCAUCCCCUUUAAUAUACUAUUUAACAAUCAACCAACAAUUCUCUCAAUAAAGUGGCAGCACCUUAUUGUGCUUUCUUUUUUCUUGUCUUUUAACUCUUGGCAUCAAUAUGUUUUUGCGUUAUUGUAAGUCCAGAUUAUGUUGAUUUAGUUUUUUCCCCUAAGUAUGUACACAAAUAAGAAGGAACAAUUCUGAGGGGAGAUUUAUCUAUAAAAUCUAAAAGUCUGCAGAUAUGGCCUCUUAGUAUGAGCUAGAGAGCACAGUAGUGUGUGAUUUCCACAGUAAGGUUAGAAAAAAACAACAAGGACAAUGGUCAGGUGCAUUCAUGAAAAACAAAUCAACAAUGUCGGAAAAAUAAUUGCAAAUUGUCUGGAAGGAGAACGUCUUUUUUCCCUAAAAGGCAAAGGCAGCAGCUUUAUUUGUAUGGCACAUUUCAACUCAGUGUGCAUUACGUAGUUAACAGUUAAAAAAUGGAAAUAUCAACACCUUUUUAUAAUAAUAAAAAAGUAUAGAAAAUAGAGAGAGAAAAAACAAAAGGUGGACUAAAAUAGAGCAUAAAAUAUGAUAAAAUAUUGUUCUAUUUUGGCUUCUCUGUCUCUAGGGGUCAUCACAGCGGCUCAUCUGCUUUUUCAGUGAUCCACAUUUGAUUUAGCAGAGAUUUUUUUUACCCUAACCUGAUGAAACACUCCCAUUUAUCCAAGAUUGGGACCAGGACCUUGCUUAAAGGUACCUUUAAGGUCCUUAACCUGAUUCGAACUGGCCAUCCUCCAUUUACAAGUUCCCUUUCCACUAGGUCAUCGGCUGCCCAGUAUUAAACAAUAAUUUAUUUUAAAAUUAUUAAAAGAACGUACAGUGCAAGUGAAAGAUUAUUAGUUCUUUAGUUCUUAAAAAGCAUAAGUCAUAAGCAUAUGAAAAUGGUAGCUUGUUCCAGUUGUGUGCAGCAUAACAGCUAAAUGCUACUUCACCGUAAACUUUCUAAGUUUCAGCUUGGAUUUAAAAUUGUAGCUAAUUCAUUACAUCUCAACACCAUCACCUCGAACCUUGAUGAUUACAUCUAAAAAUAAUUGAACAAUACAUGUGUUAAUUCACAACACUUGCAUCUGCUUUAAUAUAUUUAUAUAAUGAAAAACAGUGGACCCAACAUCGGACCUUGUGACACACCUUUUGAUACACAGGAGGAGUAAGCCAAUAUUGUACAAAGCCAAGGCCAAAGCGUCAGCUGCAGCAAAACCUUUAAUAAAAAAAAUCUUUGCUUUCCAAAGCUAGAGUAAUGUUGUAAAGAGACAACCUGACCAAACUAUAUUUUGAUAACUGCUUAUGAUACUGUAUGUAUAGUCUUGUGAUGUGAGGUGAGGUCAUUUGAAGGGUGCCAACUUUCCUCCAGCUUUUCCUCAUGUCUCCAUGUUUUCCUGUACAUUCCUGUGUAAAAAGUGAGUUAUGCAUGACUUUUGAGAAGGACAUUGGCUGUGGCUUCAUCCCUGAUGAUGAUGACGAUAUGUUUUCCACAUGUGGUCACUCCAAAUAAUAAGCACAACACGUAAAUUCACAAUAUCAGUAAUGUGUCGAACGCUUUAAAUUCCAUAUUUUAGAUUAAACAUACACAUUGUAGAUUAAACAUGUAAAAAAAAGGACUUUAAAUGUAAAACUUGUUUUUAGAAAU